AUGAGCGUCCUCUUGUUGCCUGCCAGCAACGUAGACUGUUGGGAUGCUGUGCUGGGUGGGGAUUUGCACAACAAUGCCUGCACCAGCUGUCAUGGGAGCAUUGGUGCUUGCGCAGAAGAUGGCCAAACACAGGCCAUUCAGGUGCUGUUUUCUCAAUCCUCACGAUGCAGAGGCCCAGAGCCAGGUGGCAUGAAGACGCCUUCAGACGUCAGAUCCUGUCAAUGGUCGUUGGAGACCUGUGCUGGGCAACAAGAUGAAUCACGCUCUCUCCAGAGUGUCAGGGCCCUGUGGGCUUUGCAGGGCUGA